AGCCGCGAAGCGCCGCGCGGAACGAGCAGCGAGCGGCAAAAGGCGGGCCCUGCCCUGCCCGGCCCGGCCGGCAUCCCGCCCGACCCCCCCACCCCGGAGGCGGGCGCUGGCCGCGCAUGCAUCUCGCUCCGGCGCUCGGCCGGAGGGGCGGUGGGCGGCGUCUCUUAGCGGCGAGCCACGCCAUGUGCGGGGCCCGGGGGCUGCUGCUGGCCCUGCUGCUGGCGCGGCUGGCCGCCUGGAGCCCCGGCAACCCGCCUGGAGCCGCCGCCGCCGAGCUCGCCGCGGGCGCCGCGCGUCGGGCUGCUCCUCGAAGCGAGGAGGCGGCCUUGCGCCGAGCUCCCGCCGUCCCGGCCGGCGCCCGGGCCGCCGCCGCCGGCGGGCCCCGUCGCGGUCGCCCCGCCCCGCCGCUCCGCCGCCGCGUCCCGCGGGCAGCCCGCGCCGCGCGCCGCCGCCCCCCCGCCGGCGGCUUCCCCGGCCUGCGCGACCCUGGGGCCGCCGGCUCGUCCCGCCUCUCGGGCGGCAGCAGGUCUGUGAAUCAAGUGUGUGUGGAAAAAUCGCUCGUGUUCAGAAGUAACACCCCUUAUCCUACUGAUACCGUUGCUGUCCCUGGUGGACAUGAUCUGCUAUUCUGUGUGCAGCUGGAUGAUGCAAAGCUGAACUAUUUCCAACAGCCACAGGAUAUCAAAGAAUCUGAUUUUUGUAAGUUCUUAGAGAAGUAUGGCAGACACUCUUUCUUAGCACUGUCACAAGUCCAGCCAUCAUUCUCUGCCUUUUACCGGGCUGGUGAUCCAAUCCUAAUCUACUUUGAUUCAUCAUCUGUACUGAGCACGCUUAGACAGCCAGUAAAAAUGGGAGCCAGUGGACUUUGUGUUGAUGGAAAUCCUGCUGGCUUCCUGGACAGUAAAAGCACAAGCUGUACUCGGAUUUUUGCCAACUUGAGCAAGAGCUGCAUUACUGACCCUGCCUUAGAUGCUGCCUCCUACUACCGUGACUUCACUGUGCUAAAGGUCCCAAUUAAUGACAACAUUGUGCAGUCCAUGAAGGUAAAGGUCACUGCAGUCGCACCACCUGGAGCUCCCCACAUGAAAGACAACACAUGUAACAAUGUUGUUUCAGAGGUGAUCUAUGAGAUAGAAUUCAGUGGCACACAUGGGAUUCAGAGUGUUUCUGUCCGCUUCAAAGUGAGCAACAUCUCUGAGAACUCAGGAUCCUCUCUGCAGCAGCGCUUCACUUUGCACUUCUGGACCAGGAGUCUUUCUCAUACGUUGCCUAGAAGUGGAAACCCUGGCUAUAUCACUGGAGCACCACUGUUGAUUGCAAACAGUGGUGCCACGCAGCAUAUGAGCAUUUUACGGAGUGAAGGUGAUGGAAGUUGCUCACAGUUCCUCAGACACACAGUACAAUUUGGAAGAAAUAUGAGGACAGGCUGCAAGCUCAGCCUAUCCCCAAUACUGGAAGAAAGAAACUGUAGUUACAUCCAGCAGAAGUUAUACAAGGCUUUUCAGGGGAUGAACAGAGCAGAGGACCUUGCUAUAACUGGUAGUGCUCAUUCAACCCAGGCAGAAGACUGGACGACCAUUCUGAUUCAGAACUGCAGUGUGCAGGCUGUGAAUUGCACUUCCUGUUGCAUGGUUCCUGUGACCCUGGAGAUACAGAUAUUGUGGUCGAAGGUGGGCCUCCUGUCCAACCCACAAGCUCAAAUACUGGGUGCACGGUACUUUUAUCAGUGUCAUCCCCUGAAGCUACUAAGCACAAGCAGGGUACCUUUGACAACUGUCGUUACCUUCACUGACAUGACGGAAUGGCCAGAACCUCCACGAGGCCAGCCCCAAAUGCACUGGAAAUUCCCAUUUGACAUCUUUUUCCCAUUCAAGGUGGCACUGAAUUUGGAAAGAAGUUAUAGAGGUGAUCUGGCUGGCUAUUUUUUGUUGAUUCUAAUAAUGUCUAGUAUUCUCUGCUUUUGAAAAGUCGCAUAGACGGGGCCUAUACUUAAAGUUCAGUAAGUGAAUUGAUACAUUCAGAAAAUGAUCCAGACCAUAGCCUUUUCUCCUCAGGUUCUUAUACUGUGCCUAUGAUACCUGUGUGCCUUCUGUUUAUGGAUUAAGCCACAUGACUAGCUUCUGUCCUGUGUCCUCUCAUGCCCCUAUUCUGUGUAUGCACCAUCUGUGAACCUCACUGCAGUGAAACUCUUGAGAGAGAGAGGGAUCAAGAGACAUUGCAUUAAUGAGGAACAAGGAGGAGGAUGUUAAAAUGACCGUUCCAUGUUCCCAGAAACCAAGAGUGCUUUGUAAAUGUAGGAGUACGGAGAGAGGUUCAAAUCCAAGGAUUUUGGAGCUGCAUUCAGUCAUCUUCCUGUUGGGAGAAGCAUCUGAUUUUUCUACAUUAAACUAACUGAACAUCUAAAAUACAGGAGUCCUCCCAGGUGACCUGAAUUAUUAUUUUAUGAGUAGACAUGUCUGCCAGUCACCUUUCACCUGCCCUUGUUACAUGACAACCAUACCUCUGUGACAGUUUUUGACUCUUAUUUUUCUGUCUUUUCAAAUAUUCAAUUGAAAUUUUCAUGUUUUAGUCACUGCUUACAUUAGCGUUACACAAAGCGAAGUAAUUGUAAAUGUCCCAUCCUCUAAAAUAUAAUUGAAUUUUAUUUGUUUGUCAUGACAGCUUCCUUCCUGAUUUUCUUUUUUUCUUGAAGAAACAGGCCCAAAUAUGUUUUUUCCUAGAUAAGAAACAUUCUCUUGUGGCUCCAGAUAGGAACUGGACUGAUAAUGAUAGCCACUGAAAUUCUAGGUGGCACAUCAGAGUGAGUUGUGAACAGUCCUAAAGAAAAAAAAAUAUUUUAGGAAGAAUUUGUAGAUGUAUUAUGAGACUGAAGCUUACUGCAAUCCCUUACCUCGGGCUCAGUCUCUGGGACCAGAAUGUAAGUUUAUUGUUUUGGAGGUGAUCUUCUGAUUAUCUAGUCUGCCCCACUGCAUCACACAGGCUAAAGAAACCUGAUCAAUCAUUCCAUGAAGUUGUUGGAUGACAGUAUACUUUUUUAGCAAAGGACUUAUUAUUUAUCUUAAAUUCUUCAGAUGAUGGAAAAAUCUGCCCCAUCUAAUGUCAAGUACUCCAGUGGAAUCAAUAAUGGGCAAGAAAAUCACAGAAAUCUGGCCUACCUUUAACAAAAUGUAUUUGUUGAUUUUGUACAUAUACUGUGUAUAGCAACUUUGUCGCUCUUCCUCAUUACAAACUUAAAACAGAAGACUGCAAAAAUAAACUGAAAAAUUUGCAAUUA